GCGGACCAUGCUGUCCUCUAUCCACGGGAUCGCCGACCAAGUCAUGUACGUAAGCCCUAAACACAAACCAUAGCACUCAGUUGUUCCUUUGCACAUACCUAUGCUGCAUGUUUUCCACGUACCGGUUGAAGCCUAACCGCCCAAAUUUUCUCGUUAACAUUGACGUUCUCAUCGGUCGUUUCUGUAAUGGACCUAUCAACCACACCCAAGUGUUUUUAUGCAUUUCUUAGACAGCAUCGACGGCAGUAAUGGACAGUUCGAACUUGCAUUUGUUUUCCACUCCCCUUUCUUGCUUUGGGCCAUUUCGCUUGCUUUCGUGAGCUAAACAUGCAGGUUUGCAGCGGAACGGGUCGCAGAAGAACCGAGGCUUACACCAGUAACGUCUUAUCUUGAUCGGGAAGAUCUUUCCUUCACUCCUCUGGCAGCAUCGCGCACAAGGAUUGAUGUGCCGAGGCACCAAUCGAGUCGCUCUCGCUGUUAUCGGAUGCGGGGCACUGUCGAUCUCUCAAAGCCCUCAAGGGUGGGGUAAGGCCCAUGUGGUUCUUGCAACAACGGAUUACCUCAACGACAACUCGCCGCAACUCACAACGCCCUUUGCUGUUACAGUUAGCUUUAGUGUUAACGCCUAUUUCUCUUAUGAUUCCAUCCCAUCUGCUGUCACAUCGUCUUGCCAGGAAAGAUCACUAUGAGCUCGCCGUCUUCGCAAACCUUAUUGCCACAAACGGACUACGCUACCAACCAUUCCAAAGAAAAUGGCGGUUCGGUUAAGAACGCGCCAUUUAAAGCUCCAGACGGAGACACCAAAAGCGGAGGAAUGUCAAAGCGUAGACAGCCGAAGAGUCGUAAUGGCUGUGUCACUUGCAAGUCAAAGAGAA